GUCAGCUGGGAUGCAUCAGAAGUAGGCUGAAAGAGAAGAAAUGUAGAAAUGUUCGAUUUUCCAAAUGAUCUGGAGAGAAUAUGACAUAGAUGGCAGCGGGUUUAUCGAAGCUAACGAACUGAAGAAUUUUUUUAAAAGAUUUGCUGAAAGAAGCCAAAAAAGAGAAAUUUCAAUCUGUCGACGAAGACAAACUAAUAGAAUAUACGGACACGUUGCUCAACAUUUUUGAUGCGAACAAAGACGGGAAAUUACAAUUAAGUGAGAUGGCAAAAUUGCUACCGGUGAAGGAAAACUUUCUGUGUAGAUCUGUUUUCAAGGGCUGCAGCAAACUUACGAGAGAGGAUAUAGAGAGAGUCUUUGCUUUGUAUGACCGGGAUAAAAAUGGCAAAAUAGAGAAUGAAGAACUGAAAGGUUUUUUAAAAGAUCUACUGGAACUUGUGAAAAAGGACUAUGAUGCUCAAGACCUGAUGUAUUUCCAAGAAACCAUUUUGUAUGGCUGUGACCUGAACAGGGAUGGAAAGAUUAAUAAGAAAGAAUUAACUAUGAUUCUUCUAGCUCUUACCAAGCACUCACUAGAAGAAGAAUCAAAAUAAGAAAUAUACAAUGGGAAAAUAAUGUGUUUUUGGAAAAUGUUAGAAAAUGGUGUUCCAAUUUAGUAUAACAUUUUCUAUCUUUUGGCUCAAACAUAUAUCUGUUAUUUUGUCUGAAAUAGCUGAUUUUUGUUCUUAUUCUUGUAGAUCCUGGUGGUCAUUUUGCUUAUCGAAAGAGGGUAUGCUUUUAUUUUUGUGGUCUAAGAAUACUGAUUAUUAAUAGUUCAAAAGCAUUGUGUUUGAACCUCAAAUGAAAAUUUAAGUUUUACAUAUUUAGUCUUUCAAGAAGGAUAAAAUUGAAUCCGUGAACGAAAGGCAAUGGUUUCCAAGUCUGUUAUAUUCCUAAUAAAUAUAACUAAAUUCAAAACAUGGUGCUCUAUUAUCUUGGCCCCUUUCUCAGUAUUUAAAAGCUAUUAGAAAACAUUUACUGUUAUGUUUCCGACGGUUUAGAAUACAUUAGAUCAAAAUUACUUGGAUCAUUUUCAAGUAUUUGAAAUGAAUACCUUUUUUUUUAGCUAUCUUAAAUAUUUUAGCAAGUGUAUGCUAUUAUUUUUGAAUUAUUUCAAAUUCAUUUCGAAACUAUCUUGGUACAUUUACAAUUUUCUAAUUGAUAAACACAUCUAUCCUGGUCCCUUUUCAGCUAUUUUUGUCAAUCAGGAAGCAUAUCAGUGCCAUUUUCAAGUAUCUAAAUUCAUUAGUUUCUUCUAAACUAUUUUAAAUCUAUCGGGGAACAUACUCCUUUUGGAAUAGUUUUUGCUUAUUUUCUACAUAUUUUGUGCCAGUUAUAGAAAACGUAAAGAAGAACUGCUACAAAUUGCGCCAAAUGAAAUGCUACUUAAAUAAAACGUGACUUUCUGUAAUAAAAAUAAUGUUAGUCUUGUA